AUGGGUGCCUGGGCAGAAAAGACUGAAGUUCUGAGUGAAGACCUCCUUCAGGUGGAGAAGCGCCUGGAGCUGGUGAAGCAAGUUUCCCACAGCACGCACAAGAAGCUCACCGCGUGUCUCCAGGGCCAGCAAGGCGCCGAGGCCGACAAGCGCUCCAAAAAAUUGCCUCUGACGACACUGGCCCAGUGUUUGAUGGAAGGGUCAGCUAUCCUGGGAGAUGACACACUUCUUGGGAAGAUGCUGAAACUCUGUGGGGAGACAGAGGACAAGCUGGCACAGGAGCUGAUUCAUUUUGAAUUGCAAGUAGAGAGAGAUGUGAUCGAGCCCCUGUUUUUGCUGGCGGAGGUGGAAAUCCCAAAUAUUCAAAAACAGAGGAAACAUUUAGCAAAGUUGGUGCUGGACAUGGACUCCUCACGAACAAGGUGGCAGCAGACUUCCAAGUCUUCAGGGUUGUCCAGCAGCUUGCAGCCUGCGGGUGCCAAAGCUGAUGCCCUCAGGGAAGAAAUGGAGGAGGCUGCCAACAGAGUGGAGAUUUGCAGGGACCAGCUGUCAGCUGACAUGUACAGUUUUGUGGCCAAAGAAAUCGACUAUGCAAACUACUUCCAAACGCUCAUAGAAGUGCAGGCUGAGUACCACAGGAAGUCGCUGGCGCUCUUGCAGGCCGUGCUGCCGCAGAUAAAAGCACAGCAGGAGGCCUGGGUGGAGAAGCCGUCCUUCGGGAAGCCCCUGGAGGAGCACCUCACCAUCAGCGGCCGGGAGAUCGCCUUCCCCAUCGAGGCCUGCGUCACGAUGCUGCUGGAGUGUGGGAUGCAGGAGGAGGGACUCUUCCGAGUGGCUCCAUCCGCCUCCAAAUUGAAGAAGCUGAAAGCUGCCCUGGACUGCUGUGUGGUGGACGUGCAGGAGUACUCAGCAGACCCACACGCGAUCGCAGGAGCUUUGAAAUCUUACCUCCGAGAGUUGCCAGAACCUCUUAUGACCUUUGAACUCUAUGACGAGUGGAUUCAGGCUUCCAACAUCCAGGAGCAAGAAAAGAGGCUUCAGGCUCUGUGGAAUGCUUGUGAAAAAUUGCCCAAGGCCAAUCACAGCAACAUCCGGAACAUUACGGAGAUGAUGACCACGGUUUCGCUGCAGAUUGUUGGGAUCAUCGAACCCAUCAUCCAGCAUGCAGACUGGUUCUUCCCCGGGGAGAUAGAGUUCAACAUCACGGGGAAUUACGGGAGUCCGGUCCACGUGAACCACAACGCCAACUACAGCUCGAUGCCCUCCCCAGACAUGGACCCCGCCGACCGGCGCCAGCCCGAGCAGGCCCGCCGGCCCCUCAGCGUUGCCACAGAUAACAUGAUGCUGGAGUUUUACAAAAAGGAUGGCCUUAGGAAAAUCCAAAGCAUGGGCGUGAGGGUGAUGGACACGUCCUGGGUGGCGCGAAGAGGCUCAUCGUCGGCAGGCCGGAAAGGGUCAUGCGCCCCGCCCUCCACGCAGCCCCCCGCCCCUCCCGAGGAGCUGGCAGCGCCUCUGCCCUCGCCCCUUCUGGAGCAGCCCCCAGAGGACCCCGUGGUGCCCUCGCUUUCUCCAUCCGGCCUGGGCCUCCAGCCUGGGGCCGAGCGGACCAGCGCUUCUAGAAGCAAGGAGCUUUCUCCAGGAUCUGGGCAGAAGGGAAGUCCGGGUUCUAGCCAGGGGGCACCCUGUGCCGGGACGCCAGCAGGCACCAGCCCCGGCCCGCCGCCGGCCGACCAGAGCCCCCACACUCUCCGGAAAGUUUCCAAGAAGCUGGCACCGAUUCCGCCCAAGGUCCCCUUCAGCCAGCCAGGCGCUAUGUCGGAGCUGCCCACCGGCCAGCCGUCCCCACUCAGCCUGUCACCUACGCCCCCGAGCACCCCGUCACCCUACGGACUCAGUUACCCGCAAGGGUACCCCUUGGCCUCGGGCCAGCUCUCCCCGGCGGCAGUGCCCCCUCUGGCCUCUCCUUCCAGCUUCGCCAGCACUUUAACCAAAUCGCGGCCCACCCCGAAGCCCCGGCAGAGACCCACGCUGCCGCCCCCGCAGCCGCCCACGGCGAGCCUCUCCGCCUCCAGUCCGCAGUCUACGGAGCACCCCGUGCUCGACGGCAUGGCCCCCGGGGAAAGCAUGUCCACAGAUCUCGCUCACUUCGACGUCCCCUCCAUCCACGUGGAGCUCGGGCCGGCACUCCGCCUGAGUCCCCUGGAGCACAAGCUGCGGCCCUCGGUGACUGAGAAGAGGGACUCGGAGGAGGACUCAGAGAGCACCGCCCUUUGACACGCGUGUACAUACGUGGGCCCAGACCAGCAUACGGCAGGGCGCCCUGGGCCCAAGUUCCCCGUGGCUCUCGCUGUCACUGCCGCGCACGGCCGGAGCUCUGCAGAGAGCGGUCACCCCCGGCCUGAGUGGCAAACGUCGGUGGUGCAGAUUUUGUUCGUUCCCCUCGGGUGGUGACGUGGGCCUUUUGUUUGAUCUUUGCCUUUGACUUUGUGCCUAUUUGACCUACUUUCAGCCUCCAUGCCAAGCAGCAGCCCUCUCCACCAAGGGCUCCUGGCAGUCCUCUGCAGGGGGGUGGGGGAGGGCCAGGUGCUGGGCGAGACCUGGGCUGCGCCUGUACUGACAGCACGAGUUCUCGGUGUCAGCUGACGGGUGUCGGCUGGACGGCCACAGAAGGGGACGGAGAGCAAGCCCUUCACUGACAGGGACCAGACCGGAUUCUCGAGUCUGGGCGCUGACUUGCGCUGCACAGGGAGGCUCCCCUCCUUGGUGGGCUCUAAGUAAACGCUGAACACGUUUGUUUUACUUCCCAAGUUUUAUUUUCCACACCGUGUUACCGAAAGCUCCUGUUUCUACCUUACCGUUUCACACUUCCAAAUUUAAAAAUGACCUUGAUGUCUAGAGGGCCUAAAGACACCUCCCCAUGCCCCCCCAAACAUCAAAUGAUCUCACAGCAAUUCUACACCUCCGGCUCUCAGGGGCACCAGCUCACAGGUGCGGGGUCGGGACCAGGAGCCUCUCUCCUGGAGGGCACUUGUGAAUAGCAAUAACUGUUACCCAGAGCUGGAGCAUAGCGUGAGACCGGCCUGGGAGACACCAGGCCAGCCCCAAACCCCAGCGUCAGGCUCUCUCCCCUUCUCACGAGACCCCACCCCCUCUCGGGAACAGGCGGGGGCACUGGGAGCCCACACCCUCUGGGACUGAGAGACAUCUGGGUCGUGCAUGCACAGCCACACUUUACAAUUUUACCCUUUUAAGGCAGAUAUGACAUACCUAUACAUGAUAUAUUUGUAUAUAUGAAAUUUCUCUAUAUUUGUUUAAUUUGAGCCAUUCAAUCUAAGCCAGUGUACAGGUGUACAAUUCGAAGUUUAAGUGAGUAUUCCUUCUCCCAGCACAGUGUAAAAUAGCCCUCCUCUGACCGUGGGGUUGGCAGACUUGGGAUGCUACCAGCUUUGCUCACUUCCUGGCGAGGGCGGUUCGGUACCCAAUUUGCAAUGGAGCCCGGGGGCUGAAAGCACCUUUAAAUACAUGUACAAAUAGUUGUCAAAAGUAAUCUUAUUAAAAUAGAUUUAUUAUCCCUGA